AUGUCGCGGAUAGGUAUUGUGAAGUCUUCCACCAUAAUCAUACAUGACCUGAGAGAAAUAAACAAGAGGACGAUAGCUAGGUUCCCCGUGGUGGCUAACCCUUACACAUUAUUGAGCAAACUAAGCCCGGAUAACCGCUGGUACAGUGUAAUCGACCUGAAGGAUGCCUUUUGGGCUUGCCCCUUAGAUGAAGUGAGCAGGGAUUAUUUCGCCUUCGAAUGGGAAGACCCAGAGACAGGGAGAAAACAACAGCUUAGAUGGACGGUGUUACCCCAGGGCUUUACAGAAUCCCCUAAUUUAUUUGGACAAGCUUUGGAACAAAUUUUGGAGGAUUACCAAACCGAACCGGGGAUAACCCUGAUACAAUAUGUAGACGAUCUAUUGUUAGCAGGGAAAGAUGAGGAAGGAGUACGAAGAGAAAGUAUAAAACUUUUGAAUUUCCUGGGGCUUAAAGGACUAAAGGUUUCGAAGGCUAAGCUGCAGUUUGUAGAGGAAGAGGUAAAGUACUUAGGACACUAUCUAAGACGAGGUGAGAAAAGAAUAGAUCCGGAAAGGGUGCAGGCUAUCCUAUCAUUGCCAACCCCCAGGAACAAGAGACAAAUCAGACAAAUCUUAGGUUUAACAGGAUACUGUAGACAGUGGAUAGAGAAUUACAGUAGUAAGGCCAGGUUUUUAUACCAAAAAUUGACUCAGGAUGGGUGGAUGAAAUGGACUCAGGAGGAUACAGAAAACCUGAAAGAAUUAAAGGAAAGCUUGGUGCAUGCUCCAGUUCUAAGUCUCCCUGACUUAAAAAGACCCUUUUAUUUAUUCGUUAAUAUAGAAGGGGGAAUUGCCUUUGGAGUACUAACCCAAGAAUGGGCAGACAAAAGGAAACCUGUAGCGUACUUAUCGAAACUUUUGGACCCCGUGAGCAGGGGAUGGCCUACGUGUUUACAAAUGUUAGCCGGAUGUGCUUUAUUAGUUGAAGAAGCUAGGAAAAUUACCUUUAACAGUAGUCUUAAGGUUUUCUCCCCCCAUAAUAUCAGGAGCGUAAUGCAGCAAAAAGCAGAUAAAUGGAUAUCAGAUGCUAGGCUCCUGAAAUAUGAGGGGAUUUUACUAGAAGCACCAAAUUUUACCUUAGAAACAACUGCUAUUCAAAAUCCGGCUACCUUUUUGUUCGGGAAUGUAGAAGAAGCACCUUUAAUACAUGAUUGCUUAAUAACUAUUGAAGAACAAACCAAGAUUAGGCCUGACCUGGAAGAAGAAGAGCUAGACGAGGGAGAAAAGUUGUUCAUAGAUGGGUCCUCCCGGGUGGUAGAUGGGAAACGCCAAUCAGGAUACGCUAUUAUUGGGGGCACAGACUUACAAGUAGUGGAAUCAGGGGCCUUAGAUAAAUCCUGGUCAGCACAAGCCUGUGAACUAUACGCUAUUCUAAGAGCUUUGAAGCUCUUAAAAGGGAAAGAGGGAACGAUAUAUACCGAUUCUAGAUAUGGGUUUGGGGUGGUACAUACCUUUGGAAAAUUAUGGGAAGAAAGGGGAUUAGUAAACUCACAAGGGAAGGGAUUAGUCCAUCAACAAUUGAUAACUGAAGUACUGCAAGCCCUGAGGGGACCAAAAAGAAUAGCAGUAGUACAUUUGAAAGGCCACCAAGUAGGAACAGACCUCAAGACUAGGGGUAAUAAUGCAGCAGAUCAAGAGGCUAAACGAGCAGCGGCUAGAGAAAUGCUCUUGAGAGAAAAACCAAAGGAGCAGGAUAGUCAGGAAGAUCCAGCAUUGGUCUUCACUCCUGAAGAGGAGGACAAAUUGAAGAAAAUGGGACUGUCUAAACUUAAUGGGGAAUGGAGAGACACUGCUGAUGCGGUGAUCACAGCCACUGUCGUCUGCACAAGCGCCAUGGAAAAGGAGGGGGAAGCCAGCAGGGGAUGUGACAUUGGCUGGAAGAAAUGCCCGCUGGCAGGCGCUGACGAUGGGCAUGGCCAGUACAUCUGCGCAGGCUCUGUGGCUGAUGACAAGGGAGCCGAUGGAGCGACCAGUCUGGCUGUGGCGACCGUCGACGGCGGAGAUGGCUUUGCCCUCACCAGUGAUGUAGGGGGGGCAUCUUGA